UCAAUCUAGCGCUAACUCAAGUAUUUUUUUUUUUCCACAGAUAAGCUCCUUGCCAACGGAGUGGAAGUCGUACUGGAGAGUGAGUCUGUGUUUCCACGAGGUCGUUCAUACAGCAUCCAGGAACUCCUCUUCGUCGACUAUGAGAGGGUAGAGGAACUCCUCGCCCAGCACGGGGACCUCGAGACCGCCCCCCUCCUCGGAAGCCCUUGGCCCACCUCGCAGUUCCUCUCCCACCUCCUCGAGAGAGUCGAGCAGGACCCGAGGACGACCUUCUUCGCCGAGUAUCUCAACUACACUAACUUGGCUUACCUUCUGCCCGGCAGCGACGACAACCUGGACCCCCUCAAGUACACGGCCUUCGUGCCCAGCAACAACGCCCUCGCGGGCAUGCUCUACGCCGAUGCCCCAGACCCCUUCCAGCUCGACGUCGUCCUCAGGGACAACCUCAUCCUCAACCACCUGGUUCAAGGACGACUGUACGAGGACGACCUCCAGGAUGGCCUCACACUCUCCAACUUGGCGAACAACACUUUCACCGUCUCGAGGAAUCCUGACGGGACAAUACAAGUCGACAACGCAACGGUCAUAGAGUCACAAGUCUUCAUCUACAACCUUGGCAUCGUGUACCUUAUCGACGGGGUUGUGGGAAUCACCGACCAGGAUGUUGUGAGAUCGAUCAACAAGUUCCCGGAUCUGAUCUUGGAGGAACCGACUGAGGAGAGCUCCCCCAGCCCCGACGACCCCAUCGACGACCUCUUCGCCUUCACGACCGACCUGGCCUCCAGCCCCCCCUCCCCCCCGACGACCCCCCGACCCUUCCGUACCCGCUUCACACCCGCCCCUACCUCCUCCCGCCGUCCCUCCACCCCCCGCCCCAACAGGCCCACGACCCCCACCCACCACGACCCCCACCACGACCACCACGACCCCCACACCACCACCACGACCCCGAGACCCACGCCGACGACCCCCAAGAUCCGCUUCGAGACCAGGACUGAAAUUAGCAUAUCACGAAGGGUCAACGACGGGCAGGCCGAGCCCGUGCCAGUGAGCGAAAGUUGAUGGCAUUCAUUCUCCUUCAGGGAAUAGACAUAUAUAUAUAUAUAUAUAUUUUCUGGUACUGAUACUAUGUUAUUUGUAUAAAUUAAAAUGUUGAGUCCUAAACAAGGAAAGGAAAUGAAAUGGAUUUAAAAUCAAAGACGAGACUAAAGUGUGGGUGUGGAUAGCCCCCCUCCCCCCCUUUUCAAAAAAAUGGGGGGGGGGAUAAGGACUUUUUUUUAAUCUGUGGGUAUAUAUGUAUUUUUUUUUCUUCGUAAGACCUCAACUUUUAGUAAAUGCCUAUUCCAUAUUUUGUGUGUAUUUUUUUGGCGUGUCUGAGAGCAUAAUAGUAGUUUUUUUUCUGAGUGUGAAAGUACAACCUUUUUUUAAAAAUUUCUGUUCACUUUGUAAUGUGUGAGAAUGUUUGUCAGUUGUCCCGAGCAUUGGUCAUAAAAUUAAACCCAAGUCUAUUUAAAAUGCUCUGAAUAUGAAAGAAUUCUAAUGUUCAAAUGUGAUAUAUCAGUUAUUCACAGAUAUGCAAGGCUUUCACUCUGUUUUUUGUAUUUUGUAUAUUCUAUAUGUGCAUCAUUUUUUAUAAUCUUGUGAGUGUUUUGUCAAGGUUUACAAUAUCUACAUCAGUUUAGUGAUGAUUUUGAGUGUGUUAUUGACUUAUAUUCUUACAAGUAAAUAAUACCAUGUGUA